UUUUCUCACUCACAAUUAAUCGUAUUCAAACAAACACAAGCUAAACCUUCUCAAUCCCUCUCUUUCGCGACCCAGAAAUGGCCGCCACAGCCUCCUCCUCAUAAACCCAUUCACCUUGUUCCUCCUCUUCUUUCGCAGAUUCUUUCUCUUUGGGUUUUGUUUUUGUCGGAGAGUUUGAUUUGGGAAUCCGAUCUUUUUCUUCAUCGAUCUUCGCACUCGGUUGUUUGGGGGUUUCUUUUCGGGUGAAAGUUAGGGUUUUAGGGUUUGGUUUUACUGCAAUCUUACCGGACCAGAAAAAACUCGAACUAUAGAUACAAGCCCUGUCGUAAAAAUUUGAUCUUUUUAUUGUUUAGGUUAAACUUCCUUAGGCUUGGAUUGUCGUGGGUCAGCUAGAAAUUUUCCGAGCAAAUCACAUGUCUGACCAUUUGAGUUUCUAUUCUAAACAUGUCAAUUUUUGUGUAUUAUUUGAUUCUGUUAAUUGAAGAACAUUGUACUCAGUAAGUUAGAUUUACUUAAUUAUGUUGGAUGGUGUAAAUUUUGUAGGUGGCGCUCUUGGGUUGGCCAUGGGUUUGUUUAUAGGUUCUCUAGAUAAUCCUAUAACUCGAGAUGAGAUGAGUGGUAAGCGAUUUGUUUAUCAGGCAAAGCAGAUGGGGCGCAGGAGCUGGAGUUCUGCAAAGGCAUUUGCUGUUAUGGGAUUUGUUUUCUCUGCGGCCGAGUGCGUUAUUGAAAAGGCGCGAGCAAAGCAUGACACAACAAAUACAGUUGUUGCUGGCUGUGUUACUGGGGGUACAAUAUCGGCAAAAGUAGCAAGUAAUUAGGAGUUGUGUACUUUGAAGUUCUUUGGCAUUGUUCCUUAUCUUAUUUUGGGAGAAAAUUGGUGCCGAGCUUUCGAUAGAGGAGCUUGGUAAAAGAGAUGUGGAAUUUUUUUUAUUUGCAAAUCAACAAUGUGGUGAAGUUAGCUGUUUAGAGGGGCACAUGGUAAUACUACUACUAACCAUAGAAACAAGACGAGUAAGAGACUACUGUGUCCCAUCACAUCUCACACUCCAAUUUCUAUUCAGAAAUGCACAUAACUUUUACCGCUAAAUUUCUUCGCUCCAAAACCAGAUCGUCUUCUUCUUCCUCCACACCUCUCCUUCGAUCACCAUGUGGCUCUCUUUCUUUCGCCCGCUCGACCGAUUUUCCCUCCAAAACUUCAAAUAUGUAGUGAAUGAACUCCGGGAAAUUAAAGUUGUGGAUGAGCACAACAAGGUAUGUCUGCUCAAUUUUAUAGGAAUUUGU